UCUUUCUUGCACUGAUCCGAACGUGCGUGGUGUGACUUCCAGUUUUUACAUUGUUAUUGUUUACAAGACAAGAAAUUUCAGAUCGCAAUGAAGUCGAUAGAAGAAGUAAUGCGUCUUGAUAAAGAGCAGCUUUCAGCUUCUGUAAAAACCAUAGAGGAAAAAUGGAAGCUUUUACCAGCAUUUUUGAAAGUGAAAGGACUUGUGAAGCAACAUAUCGAUUCAUUUAACUACUUCAUCAAUGUUGAGCUGAAGAAGAUAAUGAAAGCGAAUGACAAGGUGACAAGUGAUGCAGAUCCUAAUUUCUAUUUGAAGUAUUUAAACAUUUAUGUUGGAAUGCCAGAUGUAGAGGAAGGAUUCAACAUCACCAAGCCCAUCACACCUCAUGAGUGCAGGCUUCGAGACAUGACAUAUUCAGCACCUAUUACAGUCGAUGUUGAAUACACAAGAGGAUCGCAAAGAAUCAUUCGCAAUAAUCUGCCAAUUGGAAGGAUGCCAAUUAUGCUGCGCAGCUCAAAUUGUGUGCUAACAGGAAAAAGUCCCGCAGAAAUGGCAAAGUUAAAUGAAUGUCCCAUGGAUCCUGGUGGCUACUUUAUUGUGAGAGGCACAGAAAAAGUCAUUCUGAUUCAAGAACAGUUGUCAAAGAACAGAAUGAUUGUUGAUAUAGACAGCAAAGGAAAUAUUGAAUGUUCUGUCACAAGUUCCACUCAUGAGAAGAAAACAAAAACAUAUGUUAUAGUGAAGCAUGAAAAAUACUACCUCAAGCACAACUCCUUCUCAGAGGACUUGCCGGUAGCCAUUGUCUUCAAGGCUAUGGGCAUAGAGUGUGAUCAGGAGAUUGUUCAAAUGGUUGGUGGUGAGGAGGACAUGUUAGCAGCCAUGGCGCCCUGCCUGGAGGAAUGUCAUCGAGCACAGGUCUUCACACAGAACCAGGCACUGAAGUACAUAUGGAGCAAAAUUCGAACACGCAGCUUGUGGGGCCAGAAGAAGAGCAAGACUGAUGAAGCUAGAGAGGUGCUGCAUAACCUUGUGCUUGCCCAUGUACCAGUACCCCAGUGGAACUUCAAGAUCAAGGCCACAUACAUGGCGUUAAUGAUACGUAGAGUCAUACUUGCCCAGACUGGUCGAAUCCAUGUUGAUGACAGUGAUUACUAUGGUAACAAGCGUCUGGAACUAGCAGGACAACUUUUGUCUUUGCUGUUUGAAGAUCUCUUUAAAAAAUUUAAUGCAGAGCUGAAAAAGAUUGCAGACAUGACCAUCCCCAAGCCAAGAGCAGCCCAGUUUGACAUUGUCCGCCAAAUGCGCCAGGAUCAGAUUACUAAUGGACUUGUGAAUGCCAUCUCUACAGGGAACUGGACAAUAAAGCGUUUCAAAAUGGAGAGAGCAGGUGUGACACAAGUGUUGUCACGACUGUCAUACAUAUCAGCUCUAGGCAUGAUGACACGUAUCAACAGUCAGUUUGAAAAAACAAGAAAAGUGAGUGGUCCACGUUCCCUUCAGCCUUCUCAAUGGGGGCUUUUAUGCCCUUCAGAUACGCCAGAAGGGGAAGCAUGUGGUUUGGUGAAAAAUCUUGCACUUAUGACCCACAUCACCACAGACCAAGAUGAGGCUCCUCUCAUUAGGCUGGCCAUGAAUUUGGGUGUGGAGGACAUACAGUUACUAAGCGGUGAAGAGCUCUCCAGUUUGCAAGUCUACAUAGUCUUUCUUAAUGGAAACAUUUUAGGAGUAAUUCGAAACUAUAAGAGACUUGUCAAUACAUUUCGUCUACUGAGGCGUGCUGGCUACAUCAGUGAGUUUGUUUCCAUUUUCCCAAACCAUGCCCAUCGUUGUGUUUACAUUGCUGCAGAUGGAGGCCGAGUUUGCAGGCCAUACAUCAUUGUCCAGAAAAGACGUCCAUUUGUAACAUCUAAGCACAUAGAGGAGCUGUCGCAAGGUUUCAGGAGUUUUGAGGACUUCUUGAGAGAAGGAUUGGUGGAGUACCUGGAUGUUAAUGAAGAAAAUGACUGUAUGAUUGCAUUGUACGAGGCUGACAUUACAGGAGAUACAACUCAUCUGGAGAUAGAACCUUUCACAAUACUGGGAGUAUGUGCAGGUUUGAUUCCAUAUCCACACCACAACCAGUCACCUAGAAUCACCUACCAAUGUGCCAUGGGUAAACAAGCUAUGGGUACAAUUGGAUUAAACCAGAGAAAUCGUAUUGACACCCUGAUGUACCUUUUAGCAUACCCUCAUGCACCGCUUGUCAAAUCAAAAACAAUUGAGCUAAUCAACUUUGACAAGCUACCUGCAGGUCAGAAUGCAACUGUGGCAGUAAUGAGCUUUAGUGCCUAUGACAUAGAGGAUGCUCUGAUUCUUAACAAGGCUUCUCUUGACAGAGGCUUUGGACGUUGUCUGGUGUACCACAAGCAGACUGUGACUGUCAAGCGAUAUGCUAACCAGACGUUUGACAAGUUGAUGGGAGCUAAGUUGGAUGAAACAACAUCAAAGCCCAAGUGGGCAUACCAGCUGCUUGAAUUUGAUGGAAUUGUGGCUCCAGGGGACUGUGUUGAAAACAGACAAGUUUUGGUCAACAAAAGUAUGCCAACAGUCACUAUAGCUCCACUCCCUUCAGCCCCAGGCCAGUCUAGAGAACCCCAAUACAAAGAAGUCCCCAUCAUGUACAAAGGCCCUGUACCUUCCUAUGUAGAGAAGGUUUUGUUGACAUCCAACCCAGAUGAGGCCUUCCUGAUCAAGAUUCUGCUUAGGCAGACACGGCGGCCCGAGAUAGGGGAUAAGUUCAGUAGUCGGCAUGGCCAGAAAGGAGUUUGUGGACUCAUUGUUCCUCAACAAGACAUGCCUUUCACUGACCAAGGCAUCUGCCCUGAUAUUAUCAUGAACCCCCAUGGCUACCCUUCUCGUAUGACAGUGGGUAAACUCAUGGAGCUUCUGGGGGGCAAGGCUGGUGUACUUGAGGGCAAAUUCCAUUAUGGUACAGCAUUUGGUGGUGACAGAAUCGAAGAUCUUUCUGAGGUGCUGGUGCGCAAUGGCUUCAACUAUCUUGGAAAAGACUUUGUGACUUCUGGCAUAACUGGGGAGCCAGAGGAAGCCUACAUCUACUUUGGGCCUAUUUAUUACCAGAAGCUCAAGCAUAUGGUAUUGGACAAAAUGCAUGCCCGUGCCAAAGGUCCACGGGCUAUUUUGACCCGUCAGCCAACAGAAGGCCGUGCCCGUGAUGGUGGUCUUCGACUAGGGGAGAUGGAGAGAGACUGCUUGAUAGGAUAUGGAGCCAGCAUGCUGCUGUUAGAGAGGUUAAUGAUCUCCAGUGAUGCCUUUGAGGUGGAUGUGUGUGGCCAGUGUGGCCUGAUUGGCUACUCAGGAUGGUGCAAGUACUGUGAAUCCUCUAAAGAAGUGUCAACGCUCAAGAUGCCAUAUGCAUGCAAGCUGCUGUUUCAGGAGUUACAGUCAAUGAACAUUAUUCCUCGUUUAUCCCUGAAGAAGUACAAUGAGUUAUAGCAGUAGCCUGGCACUAUCUUCAUCAGUGCUGUUCUAAAACUGUCUUUCACAAAAUGCAUGAAGAAAGGAAAGAACAAGGCAGAAUUCAUGUGCACAAUUCUUUGCCUUUAUUCAGUGCAGUUGCUUUAUGUUAUGAUGUUUGUGUUGCUAAUAGCAGUGUGAGCUUUGCAUUUCUGAGCAUCAACACAAUAUGAUGUGGCAGAGAGUUUAAACAGUAAACAAUGUGAACGGUAUUAUUUCAGACAGUGUUCUAACAAAGGAGACGUUAAAAUAUUGUCAUCAGAUAAGAGGAGGGUCAAGUAUAAAGCAGUUUUUUUUUUUUAGUUUUUUUUUUUUAGCAAACUUACAAUGAUGCUUAAUAAUAAACCUCUUCUGAUUAUGAAGCUUUACAACUGCACUCAGAAGUUCUUAUCUGAAGUUUUAUUUUUGUCUUUCUAAAGUGGGUUUCAUGAGAGCAUCAUGAGAAGUGGUGUUGUCUUCAGAACAUGGCUUUUUGACAGCAUUCCAUCCUUGUAGAUGUUUGGAAAAUGCUAUUGUUCAUGCUGCUAAAAAAGUUUUAUUCUGCAUUGGCUGUUUGCAUUAUGUGUGAAUGCAUGUUUUAAGUCUAAAAGGUGAGUGUAAAUAUAGAAUGCCAUGAAAAUAUAUGUGAUCUUUUAUUCUCAAUAUAGGAGCAGGGUGUGUGUGUGUACAUACCUGUAUAGUGUAGAUAUAUGUGUAUGAAUGCACUUGUUUGUGUGGUGUACAUGCAUUGAAGCAAGAAUUAAAGUGAAAGAGAAGAAAAAAACAGAA